AGCGACUGCCACGUCACCUUUAGGAGACGUACGUAUUUGUUUUGAUAGAGCUACUUUAGUGUAGCUGCAAGCUCUGAUGUGUUUGUAAUUUCGCAGCAUUUAAUCGAAGCCGACGAUAAGCAAAAUGCUGACGACCGAGGAUUUUAUCCAACUUCCGGCCCAGAUGUGGCAGAAGGUGCUGUCGAAGGUAAAGAAAGCUCUUGUUUUCAUGGAUGACAGGUGUGUAGAGUCUCUCCACUGGAGCGGGGGUGCAGCCGCCUUGUUUGAGGCGGGAGCCAGGAACGUAAAGCAGUUUUCGAGCUUCGAAUCCGGCGGUGCGGAUGAACCCAAAGCCGUGUUCGUGGUGAGCACCUUGCUGAAAGGGAGAACUGUCGACAUCCUUAAAGACAUCAUCUCUCUCAGUCACUUCCAGUACUGUGUCGUCAUCACCACGGUGCCUCACCCCGUACACCUGCUCGCCAAUAACGUCACAACAGAGAUGGACGGCAGCCCCGUGUUCGAGCAGUUCGAAGAAAAGCUCUGCGAGUGGAUGGGGAACAUGAACUACACGGCAGAAGUCAUGCACGUUCCAGUGGUCUUCGCCCCGGUGUCACAACAGAUGCUGCUCGUACCCACGUCUGCGCACCUGUUUCCCCUCCUAUCACCGGAUCUGGAGGCAAUUAAUGCAAAACGACCAGAGAAAAAGAGAUUUGGGAGUCUUGUUGAUGUAGACGUGCACUCCCUUCCUGUUGAACUGCAGAUUGACAUCAAAACCUUGGCCUCAGCUUUAAAUGCGAUGUUUGAAGCUGCAAACACCAGGGAGGAGAGCUAUGCUGUGGGUCCCAUGAGUCGCAUCAUAGCAGGAGAACUGGCCAGUUACCCUCAAGCCAAACAUCGAAGGAAGACGGCCCCUAAUAAAGCAUCAAUCAUCUUUGUAGACCGGACAAUGGAUCUCACAGGAGCCGUUGGUCACCAUGGUGAUAAUCUGGUGGAGAAGAUACUAACUGUGCUCAAGCCCUUACCCGGUCAUGUCACAGAUGUACAGGUGGACAUGCUGGAGCUCACGAGUCUCCAGCGCACCCCUCAGUCUGACACCACUCUGGCUCCAGGUUGUCUGGCUCAGACCCAGUCUCUCCCUGCACGGGCUCUGUGGGAGACCAUGCUGACCAGUAAGCACAAAGAGGGGCUAAUGGAGGUCCGACGGCAACUGGUGGAAGCGGCCAGCAAGGAGAAGCUGCCCAUCAAGAUGAGCAUGGGUCGCGUGACCCCAGAGCAGCUGUGUUCGUACAUACAGCUGUUCCGGAGCAGUUGGGGGGCGCUAGAGAGUCACUGCGGGGUGCUCCAGCUGGGCCUGGCCACAGCCCAGAUGCUCCGCCACCCCGAUCUGCCACGCUGGGAUUCCUGCUUGGCGCUGGAGCGGCUGCUGCUACAGGCUCUUGGAGGCUCUAGCUUCCCUGCGGUGCUGAGGCAGUUGCUGCCCUUGAUGAAGCCCCGCGGCGGCGAGAGCAGCGCAGCCUCGAGGAGCAGGGGGGAUGAGUGCGGACCUGACGAGCUGAUCUCCCUGCUGGUCUAUCUGUACUCCCUGGCCGACGAGGCGCAGCCAGCAGCAGGCCAGGAUGCCGAGGAGGAGGAGGAGGAGGAGGAAGAGCUGGAGAAGCUGGAGAGGGAGCUGAUAGGAGCGCUCACUCUGGUCGUCACCAGCGAGACAGAGCUCAGCCCGCUGCUGCAGAAACUCACCGGUUGCACGUCCCCGGAGGAGCUGAGCAGAGAGCGGGCCCAUUCUGCUCUGGAGGACAUGUUCCAGACCCUCCGGGCUUUGAGUCACACCAGGGAUCACCUCAAGCAGCUGAACUCCGUCUACUCUGCCGGCGAUGGAGUUCACCAGGCGUCGUAUCGUCCUUUCCUGAGGCAGGUCCUGGAGGAGGUCCUCCACCCCGACCGACGCGAAUGCCCCGACAUCGAGCACAUGUCCGGAGGCCUCACCGACCUGCUGAAGACUGGCUUCAGCAUGUUCAUGAAGGUGAAUCGCCCCCAUCCCAGCGACAACCCUCUGCUGUUGCUGUUCCUCGUGGGUGGAGUCACGCCCUCAGAGCUUCGUCUCAUCAAAGACACCGCCGCCGCUCACAAGCCGGGGACCCAGGUGCUGGUUCUGUCCACCAGGUUGCUGAAGCCCACGGACGUCCCAGAGCUGCUCUUCUCCACCCAAAGACUGUCUCCUGAUAUCGGCGUGUGAAAAUGGACGCGCGCGCUGACGGACACGUGUACAAAGAGCAUCUCUACACCUCAUCAGGUGUGAGUGGAGUGAUGAGAUUCAGUGUUACAGUAAGUGCUGUAAAGAAAACUAUAUGCAAAUGAGGCAACAUUCCUGAGAGAUGUAAUGGAUGAAACCCUGAAGUGAACUGUAAAAUAAAAGACUUGGCUCGUUUUUAUUGGAGCUAAUAAAGACAUUUUACAUUUA